UUUAGUUCCUAUUAUCUUCCAUCUUGUCAAGAUGUCAUUAACCUCGGGCUUCAUCCCUCCUGCAGAGAUGAAGGAGCUAGAGUUAUAUCUAGUGAAUCAUGCCACAGUUCGUUACAAUAUUGUCGCCGCCACGGCCUUUUAUACCUAUGAUUUCCUGCUGACAUACGGCGAUGAGGUAAAUUUUGUAUGGGUACGUGAACGGGGUUCAGAGAGGCGGGUACGAAUAGUGGCCAUAAAGGCACUUUUCUUCAUUAGCCGCCAUGUCACGUUUGUCUCUAUCGUCACUUUCGCCUCCUUGAAUCUACUUCCUGCUAGUUUACUUUCAACGCCUAUAUGUAAGAAUGAAUCGUAUGGUAAUGGCUUUACAAUCGAAAUGUACACUCUUACUGGCAUCAUAUUGAUGUUUCCUGUUGAAGCCAUUCUCCAAUUGCGACUUUUUGCUCUAUAUAACUAUGACAAAUGGAUAACAAUACCUAUGGUUACAUUAUUCAUUAUAAUGGUUUGUUCCGAGUUGGGGAUCGCCAGCUUUUUCGUAUACUAUGACAAUCUAAGCCUUUCUGACAUUGUGGGGUCUUUUGACGAGACUUUAGGAAUUUGUGCAGGUCGUACACCUAAGUGGGUUGGUGCCUUUUUCAUUCCACUCAUGGUCUUCGACUGCAUAUUGUUCGCUCUGGCAAUGUUCAAAUCAUAUCAACAUUAUCGCCAGGUUCCUGAUAAGAACUGGCCCGGCGCGAGUGUGAUCAGAAUCCUGACGAGGGAUUCGUUUGUAUUCUUCUUGAUCAAUUUUGUCGUGUUUCUUAUUGCUACUGCGGCAUACUCAACAGGCGAUAACUACUUGUUCCUAGGAAUAGGCAGUUGGCAACUGGUGAUCCCGCCCAUCAUUGCUGGGCGACUGGUUAUCAAUAUUCGCCGAUUUUAUCUCGAACCAGACCCCAAUGUCUCCAGCUUCGAUAGCACUAGCAGCAUUGAAUUUGCGGAUCUCCGGAGACGAGCGCCACUACAGGAUAGGGACCAUUCGUGAUGUAUCCAUUUAUUAUCGUUGAUAAUAGAUAUUAAUGCC